GGCUUCGCCGGCAAAAUGCGGCAGAACCGCGGCCCAGGAGUGGCCCACUACACGGUCACCGACCCAUCCGACGACCCGGUCCGGCCCAAGCCGGGAACGCUCCGCUACGGGGCCACCGUCCUCCCAGGCAAAGUCUGGAUCACCUUCAGCCGCGACAUGCGCAUCAAGCUCUCCCAGCCGCUCUUCGUCAAGAGCUUCACGGCCAUCGACGGCCGGGGCGCCGACGUCCACGUCACGGGCGGCGCUGGCAUCGUGCUGUACCACGUCAGCCACGUCAUCCUCCACGGGUUCCACGUGCACGGCGUCCGGUCCCAGGUGGCGGGCCACGCCGUCGUCCGCCCCGGCGGCGCCGUGGAGACCGGCGGCGCGGGCGACGGCGACGCCGUCCGGCUCGUGGGCAGCUCCAAGGUGUGGAUCGACCGCCUGACGCUGUCCCGCUGCGAGGACGGGCUCCUCGACGUCACCCUGGGGUCCACCGACGUCACGGUGUCCAACACGUGGUUCCACGACCACGACAAGGUCAUGCUCCUCGGCCACGACGACGGCCACGUCACCGACCGGAAGAUGCGUGUCACCGUUGCGUUCAACCGGUUCGGCCCCAACGUGAACCAGCGGAUGCCCAGGAUACGGCAUGGAUACGCGCACGUUGUGAAUAACUUGUAUGAUGGGUGGAGGGACUAUGCCAUUGGGGGCAGCAUGGGGCCCAGUGUUAAGAGCCAGGGUAACCUCUUCAUCGCCUCGCCAGGCAACGCCAAGGUCACGAGAAGGAUGCCGCCGGUGGAGCAUGCGAGGGAAAAGGAGUGGCACUGGCACUCGGUUGGGGAUCAUUUCGAGAACGGGGCCUCCUUCAAUCAGAUGGGCUCCAGGGUGCGGCCCAAUUACAACAAGUAUCAGGCGUUCCAUGCGGCCAACGCCAGCGAGGUGAGGUCGCUGACAAAGGACGCCGGCGCUCUCAGGUGCUUCGCCAAGGCCGCGUGCUGAACCCAGACAAGGAACACAGGCAAUAUAUGCACCGUGGUAUCACUUGCUUUAUCAUCAGUGUUCUUGCUACUGCGGCAGAACAUGACAGCAUCCGGUUUUCAUAAAUUAAUUCUGAGCACGUCAUGAAUUCUAAUGA